UCGUCGAUUUUGACCUCUUUACAGUCGGACAUAUUAUUAUGGAGGGAAAUAUAAAUGUAUUUGACAUGUUUGGGCAGCACAAAAAGAGUUAAAUCUAAUGACGUAAACAGCAGCAGCAGCAUCCGUGACUGAGCGGCGCGUGCCGUUCGACCCGUCCGCGUGUCUGACGCUUUGAUUUAGCCGCGAAGGCGAUGACGCGGGCCGCGGUGGGAUUCCCGCGUCCCCGGUCGCAUCUUUCCUGGCUACAUAACGGCAGAGACGGAGCCUGCACUCGGUCGUAAGCACACGCUGCCUAUUUUUGUAGAGACCUGACACAAACGUGUCCGUGACUCCGUGGGCUCCGAGUUAAAGGGAGCACGGGCUUUUCACUGAGAGGAUAACGAGAAGAAAAGGCGUCUCGUCAUCCCGCCGCGUGACUGGGGCGCGCUCAUUGUGUUGGGGUUGAGGAUGACAUGGCAGCGGCGGAUGUAGCAGCUAACGGGCCGGAGCCGCCCGCUCUCCCGCCGGCGUUUCCGUACGAGGAGUACGAGUGUAAAAUCUGCUACAACUAUUUCGACCUCGACCGUCGGGCGCCCAAAAUCUUGGAGUGCCUGCACACCUUCUGCGAGGAGUGCCUGCACGCGCUGCACUUGCGCGAGGAGCGGCCGUGGCGCAUCAGCUGCCCCGUGUGCCGCCACCGGACGCCCGUGCCGGACUAUCGGAUACAGAACCUGCCCAACAACACCAAGGUCACGGAGGACUUCCCUCUUUACAUAGACUCGGAUCCUUUGCCCCAAGAUGCGCUGCCGCCCCACCCGCCGCCGCUGCACCCGGCGCUCGUGGCGCUCAGGCGCGAGGAGGACGCGUCCGGGGCGUCCACCGCGGGUCAUGCGACACAGUCCACAACGACGUUGACCUCCGCAACCACGCUGUCCCAGGACUCGGUUUCGCGCUACGAUAGCUGCCACAACUGCAGGCGGCUCGCGCUGACCACCGGAUGCGUGUGCGUCAUCUUCUCGUUCUUGUCCAUGCUCGUGCUGCUCUUCAUGGGCCUCAUAUUCGUGCACAGCCACGGCGGGCCGCCCUCACCCGCGGGACCCCUCUGCCUGUCAGUGGCGAGCAUCCUCGCCAUGGUCUCCGUGGUGGUUACGUGGCUUCUCUGCUGGCUCAAAUACAGACCGGAGCACGAGACGGGCCGCUCUUCGGCCAAUACUAAUGCGAGCAGGAGAAACGCGUGACAGAUUCUGUGCUAGCGGUCGACCGAUAUGGGAUUUUCCAAAACCAAUAUGGUCAAUUUAAAUGCUGGGAAAGGCACUACACAAUGGGGGCCCCAAAAGUCUGAGACACCUUGAGAGAGAAAAAAAAUGCUUCUUUUUUGCGUUCUUUUAUCAUUUAACGCAAAAGUUUUCAUUACAAAUAAUAAUGAGCAUAAAAGUGUGCAAGGUUAAAUUUUCACUUUCAACAUUUUCUUACACUCCAAAAAAUAUGUUAGCCUAGUAUUCAUAACAAAAUUCCAUAAAAUUGAAUUUUGUAAUGUAUAAAAAAUAAUAAUAAUAGAAAUAUAGAGUUUUUUUUUUUAAUUAUUUAUUUUCUUAAAGAUUACUCCGUUCAAUUUGAUGGAAGUUUGUUUACGAAAAUGAAAAUGAAAAUGCAUAAAUCUUAAAAUUGUUGUUAUGAGUGUAGUACGUCCCCCUUUAAUGACAGCAUGCACUUGAGCAUAGACUUCACAAGUUUGGGCUGAUAAUCUAUCCUAUUUGAGAAUAAUCCAAAGAGCAUCUUUUAUGCUUCAAUGGAAGCAAAGAAAUCUGUUUUGUAUAAGGAUUUAACAUGGUUAAUCUUCAAUAUGAUCUGAGACAUUUGGACCCCACUUUGCAUAAUAUAAUUUCAUGAUAGCGAAUGAGAAAUUAGCAAAUCUGAAUUCUUAUUAACUCACUGAUGUAAUCUGAAAAAGGAAAUUGACAUUGACAUUUUGGAACUGAGGCACAGAGUUGAUAACACUUUUGUUAAAGAAAUAUUCCGGGUUCAAUACAAGUUAAGCUCAAUCAACAGCAUUUGUGGCAUAAUGUUGAUUACCACACAAAUGAAUACGAGCAAAAAUGGAGGUCACAGUGACAGUGAGGCACUUACAAUGGAAGUCAAUGGAACCAAUUUUCGGAGGGUUUAAAGACAGAAAUGUGAAGCUUUUAAUUUGAUAAAAGCACUGACAUUAAUUCUUCUCAUAAAACUCUUGUAAUAUUUGAUCUGUAAUUGUUGAAAUCAUAAUUUUUACGGUAAUUUGGGGGUUUACAACGUUAUGUCGUCAUGCCAACAAAGUUGUAAAAUUGGAUAUAACUUUACAAAAAAAGGUUAGCAAGUGAUUUAUCACACUAAAAUCAUGUCAACACACAUAUUGUUUACAUCAUGUGGCUAUAUUUGAAACAGUGAGCCCUUUAACAUUAACAGAUUGGCCCCCAUUCACUUCCAUUGCAAGUGCCUCACUGUAACCCAGAUUUUUACUCUUAAUUUUUUAAAGAAAAGUAGGUAGCAGUCGGAGUUUAUUUUUGUGGUUAUUAUUAACAUGAUGCCACAAAUGCUGUCGAUUGAGCUUAACUUGUAGUGAACCUGAAAUAUUCCUUAAAAUUGACCGUUUUCGGCUGAUUCGAUAAUCUCAAAAUGGCCUUAUAUAUAAGCCGAUUAACCGAACUGACCAAUACAUCGGUGCAUAUCACUACUACUGUGUGUCUGUAUGAUAAAAAGACAGAUGGUGCAUUCUGUUCUCCCCACUGGGUGAUAUUAUACUCCCACUGUAUCAUAUGCUAUUCAGACUUUGAAGAAGGCGGCCCCUUUGUUCUUAUGGAGCAAUAGCUUUAUAUAUGAAAUUGUGAAUUUUAUGGCACUUCCUUUGUUCUCCACGCCACCUAUGCAUCUAUCACGGUGAAACCGUGUCAUUUGACAACUGAUAAUCUCUUUUUGCAAUCCAUCAUGCAAUCUUCUUUGUGUGCUUUUAAUGUGCAGUAUAACCACUACAAGACAGUGAUCAGAUUUUUGUACCACACCGACCUGUGAUGCGCAGUACCAGAUGUACCUAGCUUAGAGGAAACAACCUGCAUGAUAUUAAGCAAAAACUAGAUCCUGAAUUAUGUUUGACCCGCUUGGUAGAGAUGUUAAAGACCUUCCUUGCUCAUCCUUAAACAGCUAAUCAGAUCAGUACUGCUGGUUUGCUGUUUCUUCAUUAAGCAAUGACUAAUCUGUAACUUAUUGAGGAAAUCUGACUUGCUGAUUUGGACUUUCAUGUUAAGGGUUGGUGGAGAGAGAUUUGUUAGGGAAGAAUUGCAGAGACAUGAAGCAAAGAGGAAUCUGAUAGCAGACAAAGAGCUAGAGUUUUGCCUUGUCCUUGCUGUGACAGGAUGCAGCGGUAGAGAAAUCAAUGAAAAAGACUCACACACUGGGAACGCAGCCAAGAAGUGCUUUCGAGUGCUUAUUGACCCACUUAUGAAAUGUUGAACCUCUCCCACAGGUCAUUUGUCUUGGAUGUCAAAAGCAUAUGCCUAAAUGUGGCUUGUUAACUUGAGUUUGAGAGUGUGAACACACAUUCUAAGUAGCCAGCUGUGUCUAUAUACUAAUUUGGCAGUAUAUUAAAUAUACUGUAGUGUUGAUUUUUUUGGACUUAAUGGUUUUGUUAGGGUGAUUAUUGACACUUGAUGGCCUAUGUAUGUGUAUUUCCUUAAAUUAGGGUGAAGGCCCAUUCUCUUUAGAAUGAUACUCAAACUUGAUCCUUUUCUCAUAACGGAAUAGUUAUUGUUAUUUACUCACCCUCAUAUUGUUCCAAACCCCUUUGUUGUUAAAGCUCACCAUAUAACUGCCCCCCCCCCCCCCCUCCCCUUAUGGUUUAGAAUGACAUGAGGGUGAGUAAAUAAUGACUUAGUAAUAAUUCUUUAAAUGAGCUCUUAUGUGCCUUUAAUUUUUAUUUAUUCAUUUAUUUAUUGACAGAAAUGAUCUAUUACAUUACAUUUAAUAUAAGCUAGCUUACUAGUGGAUGGCGCUGAUGUUGUAGGGUAGGCCAAUGUGAUUCAUCAACUCAAGUCUGCCCUCUGUUGGUGGACAAUUGUAGUGAUGAAGUCAUUUGCGUGUGGUUUUGUGUGGUUAUAUUACUUACAUUUGUAAGAAAGCUUUACACACUGAAUGUCAGUGUGGUAGGGUAUUUGAAUUGGAGCAAGGUUUUGUCCCUGGGUGUUAAAGGGAUUGUUCACCCCAAAAUGAAAAUCCUCUCCUCAUUUAGUCCCUUGUGCUAUUCCAUAUGUGGAUGACUUUGAAUUCUAGAAACAUUUCUCAGCUCUGUAGGUCCAUAUAAUGCAAUUCAACAGGGUCCAAAAAGUUGAAGCUCCAGAAAGCAGCAUAAAAGUAAUCCAUAAGACUCCAGUGGUUAAAUCUAUAUCUUCAGAGGCAACAUGAAACUACAUAACUUAUAUAAGAGAUUAAUAUUUAAGUCGUUUUUACUAUAAAUUCCCCUCCCUGCCCAGUAGGUGGCGAUAUGCAAAAAGAAUGCGAAUCGCCAAAACGAAAGAAGUGCCCUUUGGAGGGCUGUUUGCAAGUGGAGAUUUAUAGUAGAAAAGGACUUAAACAUUGAUCUGUUUAUCACCCACACUUAUCCUAACGCUUCUGAAGACAUGGAUUAAACCACUGGAGUUGUAUGGGUUACUUUUAUGCUGCCUUUAUAUGCUUUUUGCUUCAAAGUUUUGGAGCCUGUUGAAUUGCAUUGUAUUGACCAAGAGAGCAAAAAAUCUUUGUAUUCUGGAGAAGAAAGUAAGUCAUACACAUCUGCGAUGGCAUGAGGUUGAGUAAAUGAUGAGAGAAUAUUCAGUUUUGGGUGAACUAAGUGUAAACAGCUUUUUAGAUUCUGUUAGUAGUCAGAUACAACGUGCCGUAAAAGCUGCACUUGUACAGAAAAUAGUGCAAUAGCGUUAUGUAGUUACCAGCUUCACAGCUCAUCCUGCCGUUAUAUUGGACGAUGUGUAUGCCACAGUUUUACUUCUUUUACUGCCCUUGUUGAUGACCUGAAGAAAUGAUUAAAUGGCAUCUUGCUGUUAUCCUCUGUCCUGGUCCGGAUGCUUCGUAGAUCUGAGCCUGAAAAAGGAAAAAGAACUGAGGAUUGGCGUGAACCCAAAACAUCAAAUAAGGACCAAGCCUUGAAGAACGAUGAACAAUCAUUCAGAUUACACACAAUCAAAAUCUUCUAUUGUGUUCAUUCUCGUGGUACCGCUAUUGCUGUGACUGCUAUUGCUGAGACCAUCAAGCCUGAUGUACACACAUCAUGUCUAUUUUCCCACUCACACACUGGUCCAGUGACUGCAUGGCACUCGAACCCAGUGUUACUGCCUGGGAUAACUAUACUUCCUUAAAUGCACUCCAGCCCUCUUAGUAACACUACAUCGGGUCAUGGGCUUUGUACACAGCCCUUAUAUUCUCUGCUGUAAUAUGUUUAUUAGAGAUUAGGAAAUGUGUGUUUUUACUAUUAUGGCUAAAUUAAUUGUUGUGAAACCUGUUUGAAAUGUAUUUGCACAUUGAAAUUGUUUUAUUUACAUUCAAGAACACACCUUUUGUUUGGCUAAUAAAUGA